GGAAGGGGCGGUCUGGCGGCGGCCGGAAGUGUGGCGCUGCCCGCUGGGCCGGCGUUGCCAUGCGCUGUCACUACGAGGCCCUCGGGCUGCCCCGCGAUGCCAGCGCCGGGGACGUGAAGAGAGCGCACCGGCGGCUGGCGCUGCUCCACCACCCAGACAAAAACCCGGACUGCCCGGAGGAUGCCGCCGAACAGUUUAAGCUGAUCCAGGCGGCGUACGACGUGCUGAGUGACCCACAAGAGAGGGCAUGGUACGACAGCCACCGAGAAGCCAUCUUGAGGGGCGGACAGGAUGGCGAGGUGGAGGAUGACAGCCACGAGCUGCUGCAGUUCUUUACCGGGGCCUGCUACAGCGGCUUCACCGACAGCCCACAGGGGUUCUAUGCGGUGUACCGGGUCGUGUUUGCCGGCAUCGCGGAGCAGGAAGUGGAGGGAGCGCCCAGCGCUGAGGAGCUCGUAUUCCCCACCUUCGGCCACUCCCCCAGCGACUAUCAGACGGUGGUGCACAGCUUCUACGCCCACUGGCAGAGUUUCUGCACGCAUCGCACGCUGUCAUGGGCAGAGCGCUUCGACACCCGGCAUGCCGACAACCGCUGGCACAAGCGGGCCAUGGAGAAGGAGAACCGGCGGGCACGCGAGCGGGCACGCCGCAAGUACAGCCAGCUGGUGCGGCAGCUGGCAGCCUUUGUACGCCGCAGGGAUCCCCGCGUGCAGGCCCACCGCCUACACCUGCAGCAAGUCAACGCCCAGAAACACCAGCGGGCACAGCAACUACAGCGAGAGCAGGCCCAGCGGCAGGCCAGGCUUGCUAUGGAGUACCAGGAGCAGAGCUGGGUCAAGCUGUCCGAUCUGGAGAGGGAGCUGCGGCAGAUGGAGGCUCAGUACCAGCAGGAGUUUGGUGACGGCUCUGAGGAGACAACCAGCGGCGAGGAGGAUGGCCUGGGGGAAGAUGGUGGGGGUGAGAUGGUGCAGGACCACGAUGCUGACGACCACUUCUUCUGCCCAGCCUGUGACCGAACCUUCCAGAGCGUGAAGACGAUGAGGAACCACGAGCGGUCACGGCGACACCGGGAGACGGUGGCGUUGCUGCGGCAACAGCUGGAGGCAGAGGAACGGGAACUGCAGGAGGCUCAGAGUGGGCAGGAGUUGCCACCCAGCUCACCCAGACUCUCCAAGAAAGACAGGAGGAAAAAAAGGCACACGGUUAGGGUGUUCACCCACACUCCUGCCAGUCCCACUGACUCCGACACCACCGACAGUGACAGCCAGUCCGAGGCAGAGAGUGGCCAGGGGCUGGAGGGGGGUAGAGGGGGAGAGGAGGGUAGUAGCGGGGAGGAGGGGGAGCAUUGUAGAGCAGGAGGCAGACAGCCAGGGGCAGGAGAGGGGCGGCAGAGAGCAGGAGGGAGGGGGGGCGAGGGCAAGGGGGAGAGGGCAGAGGAGGGACAUCACACACGGAGUACGGCAACACCGGACUCAGUGAGCAGCCCGAAAACCAAAGGGAAAAAAGCAAAACAACAAAAGAAGCCCGUGAAGUGUCCGGAGAAUAAAUCACAGGCCGGGCUGCACUGUGUGAGCUGCGAGCAGUUCUUCCCAUCGCGGAACAAGCUGUUUGAGCACCUGCGGGCUACCGGACACGCCCAGGCCGAGCCUGCAUCCACCCCCGCCCCACCGGCUGCCGGCAGCCGCACCACCCGCCGCACCAUCGCCAGGAGCCGCAACCGCUAGACCUUGCCUGACCCUCCCCGGGAGAGAGAGACACAUGCCUUGGGGAGAGUGGGAAAAUUGUCUGGACUGGCCUCUCCCUGCUGCUCCCCCUUCCCUCUCUCUCCCGAGGGAGUGGCAGGGUGCCGUGACUGGGAGAAUGGAUCUCCUCUUCUCCCCCACCACUCCCCUCCUCCUACCCUCUCCUCUCCCCUCCCCUCGAGGCGUGUGGGUUGUGGAACUCCAGAAUGUGGAUGAAUAAUAACUUAUUAAAGGA